AUGGUCAAGCAACGAUUCACCACUCUCGAUGUUCACGCAAUGAGCAAAGAGCUUAAAUACACUCUUUUCCCAUGCUCUAGUUCGCCAUAUCGCGUGCAAAAUGUAUACCAGCUGUCCCAAAAGGCCUUUGUACUGAAGCUGACCAGAUCGGAUGCCAUUUCCUCGUUGGACGACAAGUUGCACCCGCCAAAGGUUUUCCUCUUACUAGAGUCGGGAAUUAGAUUCCACCCCACCGUAUAUGAUAUUUCAUUCAAAUCGCUGUCCAGCGCACUUGCUCCAUCUGCAUUUCUAGUCAAGCUUCGACAAUAUAUAAAGGGAAAAAGAAUGACAUCUUUGGAACAAUUAGGCAAUGAUCGGGUUAUCAGGAUGAUAUUUGGCGUUGGGGAAGAGUACGAGUUUAAAAUUUACUUUGAAUUGUACUCCUCGGGCAAUGUCAUUAUUACCGAUGCCGGCGAUCGGAUUUUGGCGCUGCUGCGAAUAGUUGAAACCGAGAAACUCAGUAUCAACGUAAAUAUGGCGUAUCGUCAAUAUGCUUCGCACUUGCAAGACUCCGAUGUGGAAGCAUCGCUCGCAAAGGCUUUAGCUUCAUGCUCUAAUCCAAAAAAACUGGUGUCUCUUUCUCCAUUUUUCAAGGGAUCUACGAUCCUUGCACAAGAGGCCAUAUCGCUAUAUACGAGUGGCAAUCGCGAUAUUAAGUCUGUUAUUGCAAAAAUCUCGUCUUACGAAGAUUCUUUUUCCGGCCACAUCCUGAGAUCAGAUUCAGGGUCUUUGCAGGAAUAUUCUCCUGUCCCUUUCCCGUUGAUGGAAGGGUCCUUUGUAGUCGAUAAGCAUCCUUCUUUUGCAGCGUGUGUGGACUUUUUUUAUGCAACCAUCGAAUCAGAGCUUGCUGCUGAAAGGGAAAGAAACUUGAAAGCUACUGCAGAACAAAGGAAGGCGGCAGUUAGGGAAACGCUGGAUAUGAGAAUCGUCGAGCUGAAAUCUUCUGAAGCAGAUGCCUUUGAAAAGGCUCUGGCUAUUGAAGAAAAUGAAGAUCUGGUUAAUGCUGCGCUUUGGGCCAUCCAAUCUGCGCUUGCCACCGGAAUGUCGUGGGAUGAAGUUUUCAUACUUGUUAAAAAAGAGAAGGAGAAGGGAAACUCGGUGGCCUGCAUUAUAGACUCGCUUGACUUUUAUAGAAAUUCAAUGAAAGUCCUUCUUCCUUGCUCUUCAUCCUCAAGCUCUUCUUUGAUGCUCACUAUUUCUCUUGAGCUCUCUCUUUCCGCAAGAGCCAAUGCUCAAUGGUGGUAUAAUGAACGGAGAGCAAUUGCCUCAAAGUGCGAAAAAACCGUCGAGGCGCAAUCGAAGGCAAUUGCCUCUUCUUUGCGCAAAAUCGACUUUGACUUGAAAGAGGCGCUAUCAAAGCUACCUAACUCCAUCGACAAGACCCCGAUGAGGAAGAUCAUGUGGUUUGAAAAAUUUUCUUGGUUCAUCUCUUCAGAUAACAUCCUUGUGGUAGCUGGUACAAAUUCUUCGCAAAACGAGCUUGUUGUCAAAAAAUACAUGGGCUCGCGAGACAUUUACCUUCACGCAGAAUUACAGGGCUCACCCUCAGUGCUGAUAAAAUGUCCCGUUGGUGAGGCAGAAGAUCAAUGGAAUGCACCGCCAGCCACGCUUUCACAAGCAGCAUCCAUGGCCGUGUGUUUAUCCUCCGCUUGGACUUGCAAUAUCGUGACCAGCGCAUAUUGGGUUUAUUCAAGCCAAGUCUCAAAGAGCCCACCCACAGGGCUAUAUUUGACACCUGGUUCAUUUAUGAUAUAUGGAAAAAAAAACUUCAUAGCACCUUCUCAAUUGGUUUAUGGGUUCGGGUUCUUGUUCAAACUGGGCGACUCUGAAUCUAUAGAAAGGCAUCGACAAAUAACUUUGGCUAAAGAUGCUGCUCAACAAGAGCUGCCAUCUACCCGCUGCUAUUCUGCCGAUGCUAUUCUUGACCCCGAAUUUUUGAAAAAUGAAGAAAUCAGAAUUGCUCGUGUUUCAAAGGUGAUCGAGGAACGCGGUCUGAAUAAAACCACGCCCAAGACUACCCAAAAAAAGGAAUCGAAGAAAAAAAGUACCAAUCAAAAUGAGACCAAAUCUUCUAAAGUGGACUCAAAAAAGGAUGUGGUGGUUCCUUUGCAUUCUGUUCGAGGAACUCGAGGAAAGUUGAAAAAGAUUAAAAAGAAAUACCAACAGCAGGACAUUGAGGAGGCACUUGCCCGGAUGGAAAUUCUUGGCACUCAAGAUGCAGAAAGACAUCUUCAGCGAAGGUUUCCUGUUAAAAAUACCAACAUCAGUGCUGAUGUUGUUGACGAUACAUCUGUCAUCGGUGCAUCCCUAUCUACAGAGGCAGCAGACCCGCAUGAGACGACCAAGUCUAUUAACAUGCAGGACCAAGUGAUUAGACUUUGUGAAGAUGAAGAGGUUCCGAGAGACACCUAUGCAGGUGUCGACGAUGGAUUGGACGUGCAUUCUGAUGAAGAGUCCUACUCCGAUGAGAUCAUAUCUACCUCCAUUAUCGAAUCUUUUACGGGAAACCCACGGCCCGAGGAUGUCCUUAGCUAUUCAAUUGCAGUUUGUGGACCCUGGUCCUCAAUUCAAAACCUUGCUUGCAGUGUCAAAUUGACCCCUGGUAACUUGAAAAAAGGCAAGGCCGUAAAAACAGCGACCUCCAUUUGUCUUUCACAGACUUCUCAUGAAAAAGAUAAGGAUCUGGCCAAAAGGAUGUACUCGCUUAUCAAAAAGAUAAAGGAAGAGACCAUGAUCAAUAUCAUGAUCCAAAAUUGUAAAGUUGCCGGCCCAACUCAAGUCCUGCAAAAAAUCCAGAAAGCUCAGAAAAAGUCUAUUAAACAGAAAGCCAAGGAAAGACAACCUGGGUCGAAAAAAUAA